UGAACAAAUCAUGUUCAAAUUAUUUUUCAUCCUUAAAAAAAAAUUAUGAUUUCUCUUUGAAUUGAAAUACUCUCUAUAAGAGUAAUGAACUUAUGACAAUUAUAUUGAGAUAAAUGAAAAUUAUAAAAAAAAAAAAAAUUAUAUUGACAAGGUAAACUGUAAAAGUAAAAGAAUAUUAAAAUGAAAAUUGUAGUUAGUAAAGAGGACUGCAUGUUCGAUCCCCGCAAUAACAAUUAAGAGGGACUAUAAACUAAUCACUUACAACUCAUCCCAAAUCCGAGUGAACCGUUUGGAACACGGAAAAAAAAAAUUGAUGGGGGGAAGAUUGGUAAAGAGUGGAAAAAAAAAAAAAAAAAAAAAAAAAACAAAAACAAAAAAAAAAAAGCAUAUUCCAACCUUCUGAAUAAUACGAAGUUUAAACCGAAAAACCACCUCACCACCAUUCACCAUUUCCUCUCUCUCUCUUUCCAGAGUCUCCGGUCUUCUCCGACUCCCCUCUGCUUCUCUCUCAAAAUUGGUCAUUCAAUCAACCCGCCCCGUUUAUUCAAUCAACCGGAACCCGAUGAUACGCUCCCGUAAAGUGCCUGUUUACUGGACUCCGGUCAGAUGAUCCGCUCAAACUCCCCUCUUUUUUCUUUAUUUUAUUCGGCAAAUUAGGGAUCACAUGCAUCCUUUUUGCUGCGUUUCUCCAAUCUCUAAUCGCGACCAGGCUUCUGCCUUCUCUCCAAUGCCUUCUCACUCUCUCUCCUCCGCCGACGCUCCGCAAAUUAACGGCUACGAUGAUGCGGCGAUCAGGAGGAGAGAGAGUACAACCACCGCCACCACCGCCACCACCUCCACCAGCACCAUCAGCAACGCUACCAAUCAAAUUAUAGAUCUAAAUCACAAUAAUAACAAUUUUAAUAAUAAUAACAAUAGUAUUUUGAACAGUCAGAAUCAUCAGCAAAUGUCGACGGUGGAUCAGAGAGAAGUGAUGAUAAACGAUAUAGUUGGAAAUGGAAUAUGUGGGAUAUUGUAUAAAUGGGUCAAUUAUGGAAAAGGAUGGAGACCGAGGUGGUUUGUGCUACAAGAUGGUGUUCUUUCUUAUUAUAAAAUUCAUGGACCUCAUAAAAUUACCCUUACUUUGGAGUCUGAGAAGGGUUUCAAGGUCAUCGGCGACGAGUCUAUGCGCAGAAUUCGCCGUACCGGUAACAAUUCUUCCUCCAACUCGCUCCGCCGUAAGCCCUUCGGUGAGGUUCACCUCAAGGUUUCAUCAAUCCGCGAAAGCAGAUCAGAUGACAAGAGAUUUUCCAUCUAUACUGGCACAAAGAGGCUGCAUUUAAGAGCUGAAACCCGUGAGGAUCGAAUGACUUGGGUGGAUGCCCUGCAAGCUGUUAAGGAUAUGUUUCCUCGAAUGUCCAAUAGUGAGCUGAUGGCCCCGAUUGACAAUGUUGCUUUGUCGACUGAAAAGCUGAGGCAAAGGCUCCAACAAGAGGGUGUCAGUGAAGCGGUUAUACAGGACAGUGAGCAAAUUAUGAGGGCAGAGUUUGCAGGGAUGCAGAAUCAACUUGUUUUGCUCAAGCAGAAGCAGUGGAUGCUUAUUGAUACGUUGCGUCAUUUAGAGACCGAAAAGGUGGACUUGGAGAACACAGUUGUUGACGAGAGUCAGAAGCAGUCAAAAGAGCAAGGGGCGACCUCCAGAACAAAACAAGAUAAAUCUAGUGAAGCAACUCCAAGUGAUUCUGAUGAUGAUAAUGAUAGGGCUGAUGCUGCAGAGGAAGACACAGAUGAAGAUGAAAACGCCUUUUUUGACACAAGGGACUUUUUAUCAUCAAGUUCUUUCAAAAGCAGUGCGUCUGAUUUGAGGAUAUCAUCUUUUUCCUCGGAUGAUGAUGAUUUUCAUGCUGCUGAAUCUGAGGAGGAUGUUGAUCCUUCCAUCAAAGAUGCAGUAGCUAACUUUCCUUACGUUAAACGGCGUAAGAAGUUGCCUGAUCCUAAGGAGAAAGAGAAAGGAGUUAGUCUUUGGUCUAUGAUAAAAGAUAAUAUUGGAAAAGAUCUUACAAAAGUUUGUCUUCCUGUUUAUUUUAAUGAACCAAUCUCUUCUCUACAAAAAUGCUUCGAAGAAUUGGAGUAUUCGUAUCUCCUUGACAGGGCAAACGCAUGGGGAAAGCAGGGAAAUAGCCUUAUGAGAAUCCUCAAUGUAGCUGCAUUUGCUGUUUCUGGAUAUGCUUCUACUGAGGGACGAAUCUGCAAGCCAUUUAAUCCAUUGUUGGGAGAAACCUAUGAAGCUGAUUUUCCUGAUAAAGGACUCCGAUUUUUCUCAGAAAAGGUAAGUCAUCAUCCUAUGAUUGUUGCCUGUCAUUGUGAUGGUACUGGAUGGAGAUUAUGGGGAGACAGCAAUUUGAAAAGUAAAUUUUGGGGCCGCUCUAUACAACUUGAUCCUGUUGGAAUUCUUACCUUAGAGUUUGAUGAUGGAGAAGUUUUUCAAUGGAGUAAGGUAACCACAUCCAUAUACAACCUUAUAUUAGGAAAGCUAUAUUGCGAACACUAUGGUACGAUGCGUAUACAGGGAAAUCGGGAGUAUUCCUGCAAGCUGAAGUUCAAGGAGCAGUCUAUUAUUGACCGAACUCCUCGACAGGUACAAGGUAUAGUGCAAGACAGAAAUGGGAAAACAGUUGCUACAUUGUUUGGGAAGUGGGAUGAAAGCAUGCAUUAUGUAAAUGGGGACUGCUUAGGUAAAGGAAAGGGAGAUGCUAUCUCAGAAGCCCGGUUAUUGUGGAGGCGAAGUAAGCCUCCCAGAUACCCAACCAGAUAUAAUCUAACUCGCUUUGCGAUGACAUUGAAUGAGCUUACUCCUGGAUUAAAGGAGAAGCUGCCCCCUACUGAUUCUAGGCUAAGGCCUGACCAAAGGUACCUGGAAAAUGGGGAGUAUGAGAAGGCAAAUGCAGAAAAGUUGCGGCUAGAGCAAAGACAGCGGCAGGCUCGAAAAAUGCAAGAAAGGGGCUGGAAGCCGCGGUGGUUUGCCAAGGAUAAAGAAACAGACACAUAUCAAUUAGUCGGAGGGUAUUGGGAGGCCAGGGAACAGGGCAACUGGGAAUCAUGUCCUGAUAUCUUUGGCCAAAUUUCUCCUGAGUUAUUGGACUGAUUACACGCAUCUGAAGUCACCUCUUUGGUUAGCCCAAUAAAAAUUCAACAAAAAAAGAACAUACAUUUUUCCUGUCUAGAAUUCUUUUACCAUCAUAUAUGGGUAGGCUAGUGGUGGUGCAUUGGUAGAUUUGAGUCGAUUAUAUAUGUGAAUUACAUAUUGUAAAGUAUACUAGAUGAUAGGUAAAUCAUAAAAGAAUCUCUAUUUUUCAAUUCUUUUUGCCAUGGCAUAUAGGCUCCUGAUCCUAUGCUUAUUCUGAGCUUUUAAGCAAGUGUGUAGAAAUUGCUCAUGAUAUACAGAGAAACUAGUAUCAUAGGCAUGUCCAAACAUGAUAUUUGUGGCGAAGUGUUUUAUUUGUAUCUCAUUGGCAAAGCUAAAGUGAGCACUUAAUGUUAUGCAUAUGAAAUUAUUUACAG